AUGGCUGCGCCCAGGCUGCUGCCAGGCAUGGGCAGGCUCAUUGAGAUCCCCGCAGCGCAGGGGCGCUGGAGCCGAGCUUACAGCAAGUCCCACGCCUUCAGGGAGGUCCUACAGCUGCCAAAAAUGGAACUGACGAAGCUCGUGUUCCCGUUACAGGAACUCCAGCGGCAUCUCCACCCUGACGCCAGGCCCGACCUUCUUCAACUGAGGAUCUUUGACCCGUGCCUGGAGGACAUCGGGAGGGCGGAGAGCUUCUUCACGGCCACCCCUCGGAACCGCAUCGAGUACGUCAGCUCGGCUGUGCGCCUGGACCACGCCCCCGACCUCCCCCGCCCGGAGGUGUGUUUUAUAGGCAGAAGCAAUGUUGGAAAAUCCUCUCUAAUAAAGGCUUUGUUUUCAUUGGCUCCAGAGGUUGAAGUCAGAGUCUCCAAAACCCCGGGUCACACAAAGAAAAUGAAUUUUUUCAAAGUUGGAAAAUAUUUUAUAUUGGUGGACAUGCCAGGUUAUGGCUAUCGAGCACCUGAAGAUUUUGUUGAAAUGGUAGAGACCUAUCUAAAAGAACGAAAGAAUUUGCUGAGAACAUUUUUGUUAGUGGAUAGUGUUGCUGGAAUUCAGAAAGAAGACAAUAUUGCCAUAGAAAUGUGUGAAGAGUUUGCAUUACCUUAUGUAAUGGUUUUAACAAAAAUUGACAAAUCUUCCACGGGACUUCUUUUAAAACAAGUACUUGAGAUCCAGAAAUUUGUUGACACUAAAACGAAAGGAUGUUUUCCUCAGUUGUUUCCUGUAAGUGCUAUGACCUAUUCUGGAAUCCAUCUGUUGAGAUGCUUUAUAGCAACUAUAACAGGAAAUCUUAAGACGAAUUAAUGGCAUCUAACUUUGCUGAAGACUCAACAUUUUUUAUGCCAACUGGAGUUAUACACAAGCAUUUCAACAUUGUUUUUAAAUGUUGCAUAUCUGUAAUUUGCAGAGGAUCAGUUCACCUUUAAAACCUAUAUCUUCUCAAAGCAAGAAUGAAUUUGUGCCUGGGGGAAGAAGGGUUUAUAAAUGAUUGAAUUAGGCAGUUCAUUAGAACAGAUAAUAGCAGUUUUUCCUAUUUUAACAAACUGACAAACAAGAGCAACAUAUAGAAGUCCAUAAUAUGAAAACCUAUUUACUACUGUGUAGAGCAGGGGUCCUCAAACUUUUUAAACAGGGGGCCAGUUCACUGUCCCUCAGACCAUUGGAGGGCCGGACUAUAGUUUAAAAAAAAUUAUGAACAAAUUCCUAUGCACAUGCACAUAUCUUAUUUUGAAGUAAAAAAAACAAAACGGCAAAAACACCCGCAUGUGGCCCGUGCGCCGUAGUUUGAGGACGCCUGGUGUAGAGAAAGGUUUGCCAUGUUAUUUAUUGGGCUUUGUCUUUUAAAGAAUGUCUAUUAUGUAUAUGCUAGGGGCCCAGUGCACGAAUUCAUGCACCUUGAAAGGAACUGUGGGCUGCGAAGCUCCAGUAGGCACAGAUCAAGUCUCAGCCCAUCCUCUGUGCCUCUGCCCGGCCCCUCCCACCGUGGCCCCCAGUCCUCUGUCUGCUGGCAGCCCUGCUCCUGUCACUGCCACUCCCAUGCACUGAUGAUGCUGGCCCUGCUCGCACCCGCUGACAAUGUGGAGCUAUUGGGGCCAGCACCAGCAGUGAGUGCAAGCGCCAGGCAGGACCGCGGCGCGUGGCAGCAAAGAAUUUUCAGUAACCACCAGAGGCUCACCCCGAUGACAGCAACCAGUGCCCCGCCUUGGUUUGGCGCCCCCACUCACCUGCUCCACCAUCCCGCCGCAGCCAACGCCCACCAUGUUCCACGCACACCCCUGGUGGCUGGCGCACAUCAUAGCGACCAGUUGUUCCACCGUUUGGUCUAUUUGCAUAUUAGGGUUUUAUAUAUAUAUUUUUUAAAUAUUAAAAUAGAGUAGGUAAAAAAAGGAGUUCUUUUCUGUUAAGCAAGCCCUGAUAGGCAGGGUAAAGAUAAAUGCUCCUAUGUAUGCCUAUAAUUUAUCUUUUUCUGAGUCCUUAUUUGAAUAUUGAAAAAAAACAACUAUUGAUAAAAUUUCAGUGGGUCCAUGGUAGAAACAACCAAUAAAGAGGCUGGGAUCAGUCACCUUCAGGUGAACAUGGGAUUCAGAAUCAGAAGACUAGAAUUCAAGUUCUAGUUCUGUUAUUUUUUACAUGUUGGACCUUAACGCUAAUUACUUCAUUUCUCUGAGCUUCAUUUGUAACUUGAACCUCACGAGCUAUGAAGAUUAAAGUGGCAUUUAUUAUAUGGGAAAAGGACGUCUGCAUAUUCUGCAUGUUUGUAAAGGGAAACCAACCCAAGAAUACAGCAAAGUGUACAGGUCUAUUUAUCACAGAUAAUAUCUUCUCAUGGAGGAAGUAACACUCUAGUCAAAGACAAAAAAAAACAGACAUUUAACUGAGAAAACUGAUUUGCAAAGGGUGAGAACAAAGUCGAUAGGACUGUUUAGAAACAGUAUAUUUAAGAUUCAGAAUGGAAAAAUAAAGCCUUUGAACUAAAGUUAAUGGAAAAGAUUUUUAUUAAGAUACUACUCACCUAUUCAUGUAAGUGGCUUAGCUUUUCAAAGUGAGGCUGAAUAUUAGGAGGUUAUAGCAAUAGCAUGGGAUAAAAAAUUAAGGCUGUAAAACAAUUUUGUGGCUUUUUUAGAAAAUUCAAUUCUGAAUGUAUUUUCAGUUUUAUAGUUGAUAGCACUGGUCUGUCCUAACCAGCAGAGUUUUAUUAACCCUUUGCACUCGCUUUUUUUUUUAUUCCUUUAUUCUACUCGGGAUUUAAUUUUUUAAAUACCCCAGAUUUUACAAAGCACGACAGUAGAUUAAAAAACUGGAGUUUCUUUUCAUACAAACUUAUUUAUUUGGAUAUUUUUAUAUUUCAAAUUAUUGAUACAUUCAAAGAGUAAUUUGCACUUGACAUCUGAGUGCAAAAGGUUAAAAAGGGGAGGGAAAGAAGGGCUUGUUACACAGGCAUUGCAAAGUAAAUUAUGUGACAAUAGAACCAUCUUUCUAUC